AACCCUAACCCUAACCCUAACCCUAACCCUAACCCUAACCCUAAACCUAAUCCCUACCCUAACCCUAACCCUAAACCUAACCAUGGCACUAACCCUAACCCUAACACUAACCCUAAAUCUAACUCUAAGCCUAACCCUAACCCAAAUAGCCGUAACCCUAACUCUAACCCCAACCCUAACCCUAACUCUAACCCUAACCCUAACCCUAACUCUAACCCUGACCAUAACCCUAAAGGCCAUAACCAGAACCCUAACCCUAAACCUAACCAUAACCCUAACCGUAACUCUAACCCUAACCCUAACCCUAACCCUAACCCUAACCCUAACCCUAACCCUAACCCUAACCCUAACCCUAACCCUAACCCUAACCCUAACCCUAACCUCAAACCUAACCCUAACUCUAACCCUAACGCUAAACCUAACCCUGACCCUAACCCUAACCGUAACCCUAACCCUAACCCUAACCCUAACCCAAACCCUAACAUUAACCCUAAUGGCCGUAAUCCUAACACUAAC